AUUGUAUAUUGACUUUAAAUUUCUACACCAACCCACCUGGGGUCCGGGUUAGAAUAGGUCCUCAGUACCCCUUGCUUGUCGUAAGAGGCGACUAAAUGGGGCGGUCCUUCGGAUGAGACCCCAAAAACCGAGGCUCCGUGUCACAGCAGGUGUGGCACGAUAUUUAAAGAUCCCUCCCUGCUCAAUGGCCGUAAGAGCCGAGCAUAGGCCUAAAUUUUGCAGCCCUUCACCGACAAUGGUGACGUCUAUAUAUGAGUGAAAGAUUCUUGAGAGGGACGUUAAACAAUACUUAAUCAAUCUCGAUAGGCACGCAUAUCCCCUUGUUCUUGGAUUGUAGUAGAUACAAUUGUAACUCGUAUCAGUGGCGUAGCUUCCAUUGAGGCAACCGAGGCAGCUGCCUCGGUAAAAAAACAAAAAACAAACAAAACUUUUUACGUUGUUAAAAUGUCGAUAGCUUCUGGGGGGGCUGCGCCCCCCCAGACCCCCUGCCUCGGUAGUAUUCGAACCCAAGCUACGCCUAUGGUAUGCUUUCUAAAGCCAAACACUGAAACAGUUUGGGGAAAGGAAUGUCUAUUUUCACCAUUUGAAAAGAUAAUAUCAGAGAAACACGUUCAAUUUGUGACAUUAGUCAAUUCAUUCACGAUUCAUUACUAAAAUUAUAAUUAUUUUUGAAUUUCUCACCUCCUUAAUAACAUCUGUGCAGCUGGUUCUUUGUAGAGCUUCAUCUAAAACUCCAACCAUUUAUCUAACUAACUACAGUGUAUCUAUCUGUCUUCAUCUACUAUACUAUAGUUUUGUGCUCGAGGGCGAAGACAAUUUAAGGAGAGAGGAAUGAAGUGGUCAGACGGGUUAUAUCGCUGGUGGCCAGCUCAGUUGGUAGAGCACCUGACUGGAGAUUCAGGGCCCCCAGGUUCGAACCCCAGUCUGGUCCGUUGUAUUUUCUCAUUUCCUGUUACAUGGUGAAUAUAUGAGGGCGAGUCAAUAAGUAACUAGCCUAUCCCAUUUCCAAUUGACCAAGACGGUCACGAUUUUCAUACCUUGUUUUAAUACAUGUAUUAUACCAGGGUACAAAAUUGCACGCGUAUCGAGUCAUUCUUUGAUAAGAUAUUGAAUGUCAAGCAUGGCUAGUGAUGCUAAGGCAUGUCUGAUAGGCGAAUUCAGGCCAAAAAUAUAGCGCAGGCAUUAGACAUUGCACAUGGUAGCGUUUCAACAAUCUUGCGUUGGAUCCCGAAAUCCCUUAGCGAUGAGCAAAUGGCAACCAGAGCAUCAGUAUGCAGCGCCUUGUUGAAGCGUUUUAGGACAAAAGAUUAUUUUCUUUUACGUCUGGUGACUGUAGAUGAAACUUGGGUUGGUUAUUGUGAGCCAGAGAAUAAAGCUCAUAAUCGUCAGUGGGUAGGGCCUGGGUCCCUGAGGCCAAAGAAGUUCAAGAUGCAACCAUCUGCUGGCAAGGUGAUGGCCACAGUAUUUUGGGUAGCAAAAGGCGUUAUUAUAUUAUGUUUGACUUUUUACUCAAGAGAAGUAUAGUAACUGAAGUGUACUAUGCAUUCUUUCUAUUCCCAAACUUGAAAAAGGAUAUCUGUGGACAUUUUGGGUCUGACAAAGAAGUCGUGACGGCAGUUGAGGAGUGGAUCAAUGGAAAGGACCCUGGCUUUUUCAAUUAUGGGCUGAUGGCACUUUAACACCGUUGGUCCAAGUGCAUCACACUAGAGGGCAAUUACAUCGAAAAAGAAGAGGUGGAUCUCAACCGGAAAUAAGUUUGGCUGUUUACUUAUUGAUUCGCCCUCGUAUCUACAAAUGUAUCGACAUGUAUUUAUCCAGCCAACCAUCAAACUAUCUCAGUACCCCUUGCUUGUUGUAAGAGGCGACUAAAUGGGGCAGUCCUUCGGAUGAGACCGCAAAUACCAAGGUCCCGUGUUACAGCAGGUGUGGCACGAUAUUUUAAGAUCCCUCCCUGCUCAAAUGCAGCGCCGAGCAUUGGACUAAAUUUUGCAGCCCUUCACUGGCAAUGGUGACAUCUUCAUAUGAUCGAGUGAAAAAUUCUCGAGUGGGACUUUAAAUAAUAUACAAACUGUCCAUCAUCUUUCCAUCCAUCAAACUGUCUAUCCUUUCAUCUAAUUAAUUUAUAUACCAAUCCAUGCGGCUGUCCAUUUAUCUACCCAACAAUCUACUAACACAUCCAAUAAGUAUGAACCUGAUGGCUUGUGUUAUGUUGUAAUUGAAGGACCGUUUAUCUGAAUUAUCAGGAAGAAAUUUGGGUGGUUACAAUUUAUCUAUAUUGAAACAUUAGAAAGUAAUGAAAUACAGUUUAGUCACUUUAACACAAGAAAACCGCCACCGUAUAAUCUUAAGUGAAAAUUAUCGCUUUGCACAGCUGUAUGAUAAGAAAUAAUGGUGUAUCGAUGCCAGAUCGCAAAACACCAAUAAAAUAUAAGUUACCGUGAGAUAGGCAAAUCUACGUUGUUAUUCCAUGCCAUAUGCUGCAUGUAUAUCGGUUGUCGCAAGAUGCAGGUUUAUAGGACCCCCCCCCUCCUCAAAUUUAUCUCCAACGCUUGAAACUUAACUAAAAUUUCAUCGCAAAUUUGGCCCCCUUCCCCUAAUUCUAAGCACGUUGUUUAAAUGCGGUUGGUCAUAGAUCUACCUGUAGAGAAAACUGUUUGAAAUUGAAAGUUAUCUCGAAGGACACAAUGGUCGAUCCUCUUCAAAAUUCUUUAAAACAGUGCAGUGUUCCCAGUACUCAAUUCUAACUAAUCAACUUCUUGUGAUUUAUAAUUUCUUCCACAUUAAAAACAUCCCAUGGAAAAAAAAUAUCUCUCAGAGAGGUUGAACAUUUGUUAAUGUAUGUCUUUUAAUAACGGUGAAAUUGCGCAAAUCAGUAACGAUGUGACUCUGAAAAUAACCGGUACAGUAUAUAGAUGUCGGGGGGGGGGGGGGGGGGGGACUCGGAAUUUGCCGUCAAUCUUAAACAUUUCUUAUAGCGGCCAUCCUAUCUGCGGUGCUCAUUACUCAUAAGCGAUGCGAGAAAAGAACCAAAGAUUUUUCAUUCGAAGUUAUCGGAAACUUUCUACCACUUGCAUUAUUUGGGGGCAAUAAUUCCUUAUCUGACUAAGUAUGAUUAAUUUUUAUCACUUACAACUGAAAUGCAUUAUUUCCGAAAAAAUGAAACACCAGCAAAAAAUCUGCAGCUCUAGAACGGAUAGUAACAAGUGAGUGCAUUCGUGAUUCAAGCGAUUGCAUUAGAGAAAACGCGUCUUCCUGUUUAUUGCGACAAACUUCUUCCUGAACGUAUUGAGAAAAAUAAACGUCUUUUUGUGGACUCGUGGACCAUCGCAGCAUACAGACACACAAUGAGGGGCAGCGCUGUCUUACUAUUGGUAUUUGUGAACUUUGGAUUGGUCUGGACGUCGUGCAACAUAUCGAGAGCUGAAAUAUGUGCAGCACAGUUCCAAGAUCUUUAUGACUCAGAACUUUUGGCGGAAAUCACAUCAUCCAAUCAAAAUGUCACCAAGUCCAAAGAACUUCUCUGCUUAUCUACAAUCACUGGUAAUGAUAUUACCAAAUGCUACAUGGGUAAUUCUAAAUCCUGUACAAAUCAGGACCAUCUGGCACUACAAUGGAACGAAACUAUGGACGAUGUCAUCACCUUAUGUAAUGAAACGUGCAGUAACUACCUGGAAUUUCAGACAUGUGCGAGUAAGGUGCAGUAUACAGCCUACCAGGAAUCCAAAUAUCAACUCUUCUGCACGUCAUAUGAAGAGGGUCUUUCUUGCGCCACUGGUAUUUUGAAAAAUUGCAAGUUCGACGUGCCAUUCUACACCAGUAUCAUAGCACACCCGAUCCCUAUAUUCUACAAACGAAUUUGUCAGACAGGUUGUGUUAAUCUUGAUGAGACAAUGAAGAUUAUUGAUAAUUGCUAUGCGUUCAUCAGUAAAAUUAUGAAUGAAGACCCCAUGACCCAAUGCACAUCCCAUAACAACUUUAAAAACUGCCUAUUUUCACCAGAUAAAGUUUGUCGCGAGGUGACCCAACUCUUAGCAGGUAUAUAUAGUUAUAAUACGCUAGAGAAUAUAUGUUCGACAACAACAUCUACAACAACUACGACAACAACUCAACCAACGACAACAACUCAACCAACGACAACAACUCAAACGGCGAAAACAACUCAACCAACGACAACAACUCAACCAACGACAACAACUCAACCGGCGACAACAACUCAACCGGCGACAACAACUCAACCAACGACAACAACUCAACCAACGACAACAACUCAACCAACGGCGACAACAACUCAACCAACGGCGACAACAACUCAACCGGCGACAACAACUCAACCAACGACAACAACUCAACCGGCGACAACAACUCAACAAAUGAUGACAACACAAACAACAAAACCAUCCUCAAUAUCCUCCGCCCUAGAAUGUAUAGAAGCGGAAGUCCUGUCACUGUCAACUUACGGUCAACCAUCCGCGGAAGUUUGCUUGAGGUUGCUUUCAAUGACAGCCUGUUUAUACGACAAGGAAACAACUAAUUAUGAGGACUUUAAAAAAAUGCAUUCCAUCGUUGGAAAAAUGGUUAAUAAGAUCUUUAAAAGUGGCGUUUUAAGGAACUGUACUUUCCACGUUCAAAGAGAAAGAGCUUUAAUUCAAGAACUUCUUAAUUCCACUUGUCAACAGCUUCAGACACAAACUGAAGAAGAAAAGGACCCGCUUUGUACAGGGCACGGAUACGGACUUAUCAAGUGUAGUAAAGGUGGCGCCUCUUCAUUACGUUCCAAAAUUCCAGAAUAUUUAUUCACGUCAUUUUCUGUGGUUGUUGUAUUGUUGUUUGGCGGCUCAACGAUUUGAAAAAAAGGAGACAAUAAGAGAUGGAAUUUUAAUUCAAGAUGUCUUCCGAAAAUAAGUUCAUAGCGAUAUAGAAAUCUUUAUAAUUAAGUUUCGAAAGUGAAGAGAACGACAACAUUUAUGCGGAAUAUGUAGAGCUAUGUUACGGCCAUGUCAGAUUGAUUUACAGUAACGUAAGUCAGCACAUGUUGAAUAAGCACACAUUUUGUAAAUACAAUUACACCCAACUAACGAAUUGUUAUGAAAUUCAUAGCGUUUUCAAGUGCCAAAAGUUUGUUUCAUCCAUCUUAACACCAACAUCUACCAAGAACUGUGCACCGAGUCUGCUUUAGCUCACGUAUUGAGACAACGAGUCUGCUUUAUCUCACGUAUUUUGACAACGAGUCUGCUUUAUCUCACGUAUUUAGACAACAAGUCUGCUUUAUCUCACGUAUUUCGACAACGAGUCUGCUUUAUCUCACGUAUUUAGACAACGAGACAGUUUUAGCUUACAUAGACACUACUCUGAGGGUUUCCACCUUGAUGGAGUGAAUUCAUCACCUACACUUCAUAGUUAUCCCAUACCUAACGAGAGAAAAACGGAAAAGGACGUCUUAAAAUCACAUAUCAUGUACUUGUGCUUGACAAUUACUUCAUUUCAUUUCUUGCUUUUUCAACAUACUGAUUCUAGUGUCUGUCAUUUUGGAUUUUUAAAUAUGUACAGUUAAUGAAUAAAUGACGAGUGUUCUAUAA